UGUAUAAAAGCCGGCGCAGUGCAGAGAAAGGUACCGUCAACAUGAAGGUCCUAGUGUUGCUCGCUCUCGUUGCAGCCGCUGCCGCCUGGCCGGGUUUUGGCUUCCAGGCCGACGCAGGAGGUGUGUCUGAUGCCCAGAAACAGCAUGACGUCAACUUCCUGCUUCACAAGAUCUAUGGGGAAAUCCGUGACUCUAAUCUAAAAGCUAAGGCUGAUUCCUUUGACCCGGAAGCCGAUUUAUCCCACUACAGUGAUGAUGGUGCAGCUGUACAGAAACUUAUGAGAGACCUGAAGGAUCACAGACUUCUCGAACAGAAGCACUGGUUCUCUCUCUUCAACCCAAGACAACGUCAGGAAGCACUCAUGCUUUUCGACGUUUUCAUUCACUGCAAGGAUUGGGAUACAUUUGUCAGCAACGCUGCCUACUUCCGUCAGCGUAUGAAUGAAGGAGAGUUUGUCUAUGCCCUGUAUGUUGCAGUCAUCCACUCACCUCUGGCUGAACACGUUGUACUUCCUCCACUCUAUGAGGUCACACCUCAUCUCUUUACAAACAGUGAAGUCAUUGAAGCAGCGUAUCGUGCCAAGCAGACACAGACCCCUGGUAAAUUCCAGUCUUCCUUUACUGGAACAAAGAAGAACCCUGAACAGAGAGUAGCCUAUUUCGGAGAGGACAUUGGAAUGAACACUCACCACGUUACCUGGCACAUGGAAUUCCCAUUCUGGUGGCAAGACAGUUACAGUCAUCAUCUGGACCGCAAAGGAGAGAACUUCUUCUGGGUACAUCAUCAACUUACCGUUCGCUUUGAUGCCGAACGUCUCUCUAAUUACUUGGAUCCCGUCGGUGAACUUCACUGGGAUAAACCCAUCGUACAAGGUUUUGCUCCCCACACCACUUACAAGUAUGGCGGUCAGUUCCCCUCUCGUCCAGAUAAUGUAGACUUCGAGGAUGUGGACGGUGUUGCCCGAAUUCGAGAUCUGCUCAUUGUUGAGAGCCGAAUUCGUGAUGCCAUUGCCCACGGAUACAUUGUUGACAGGGCUGGCAAUCGCAUUGACAUCAUGAAUGAGCGUGGUAUUAAUGUCCUCGGAGAUAUCAUUGAAUCAUCAAUGUACAGUCCUAAUGUCCAAUACUACGGGGCGUUGCAUAACACUGCCCAUAUUGUACUCGGUCGACAGGCCGAUCCACAUGGAAAAUACGCCUUACCACCUGGUGUGCUAGAACAUUUCGAAACUGCCACCCGUGAUCCCAGCUUCUUCAGGUUACAUAAAUACAUGGAUAACAUCUUCAAGGAACAUAAGGACAGUCUCCCACCCUAUACUGUAGAAGACCUAAAAUUCAACGAGGUUUCUGUAGACAAGGUAUCCAUUGAUGGCCAACUAGAGACCUUCUUUGAAGACUUCGAGUACAGUCUUAUUAAUGCUGUUGAUGACACUCAGGAAAUUGCAGAUGUAGAGAUCUCUACCUAUGUACCUCGCCUGAAUCACAAAGACUUCUCCUUUAACAUUGAUAUUAGCAAUAAUGGUGGCGAAGCCUUAGCAACCGUUCGUAUUUUCGCCUGGCCUCACCGUGACAACAAUGGCAUUGAGUACACUUUCGAUGAGGGGCGCUGGAAUGCUAUUGAAUUGGAUAAGUUCUGGGUCAAACUGUCCCCUGGCACCAACCACAUCGUUCGUAAGUCAUCAGAAUCAGCAGUCACAGUCCCUGAUGUACCAAGUUUCGAAACUCUCUUUGAGAAGACCAAAGAAGCCUUGGGAGGUGCAGACUCCGGACUUACAGAAUUCGAGAGUGCCACUGGUAUUCCUAACCGAUUCCUGCUCCCCAAGGGUAAUGAACAGGGUCUAGAAUUCGACCUUGUUGUUGCCGUGACUGAUGGCGCAGCCGACGCAGCAUUGGAUGGCCUCCACGAAAAUACCGAAUUCAACCACUAUGGUGCUCAUGGCAAAUACCCUGAUAAUCGCCCACAUGGCUAUCCUCUGGAUCGUAAGGUUCCCGAUGAACGUGUAUUCGAAGAUCUUCCCAACUUCGGCCACAUCCAAGUUAAGGUCUUCAAUCAUGGUGAACAUAUCCAUCACCAUUAACUUGCAAUAUGAACAUUCGCCACGAAUAAAUAGUACCAUUCUAGUGAUAACAGUUAUUUGACCAUGAUGAAAAGCAAAUAAAAUGUGAUUGUCAAGA